GCUUCUCAAGAGGUUUUUAGCUUACAAAAGAAAAUGUCAGAAGCUGAUAUUUUCACAACUGCAUCAAAGCUUUCCUAUGAAUAAUUUUGCAUAAAAGCAUUUGACAAAGCUCAAUUCAGAACUGGCAAUGCUAUUCUUACCCAAAAAAAUUUAAAAGUGAAGCAUAAAAGUCUGCACUUAUUAGGCCUCAAUGACUCAAAGAAAACUGACUUUGUAUCCUAUUUUUGGUAUGCAAUAACCUAGAAUCAACUGCAAGCAAAAUGCAACAUUAGUACAUACUGGAUUUAAGUUAGUCAUUGCAAAUAAAAUGCAGAUUGUUUUUUUUUUUUUGCUCCAGCUGCUUAUACUGUAAUUAUUAUUAAUUUAAUCUGAAAAUGGCUUUAGGUGAAUAAUACAUUUUUUGUACUGUGUCUAUAUUGUAUUUAAUUUCCUACAUUAUUCCAUGAUUUAAGAACAGUUACCGUUAGUCAAUCUGAUUUAAGAACAGUUACCGUUAGUCAAUCUGACUUAUAGAUAGUUCGAAAUGGAGAGGGAACCAGUUGAAGGUAAAUGUGACUCAAAAACAGCAGAAAUUGAGAUGAGUCCACAAUAAUGUUAUCAUAAGGCAAACUUGUUUUGUGUGAUAAAGACUGCAAGAGAGCACAAAAGAUAACUAACUGUAUUUAUAUACUACAUAUAUAUAUAUAUAUAUAUAUAUAUAUUAAAAACCUGUCCUGGCCAUUGGAAAAUCUGAAAAUGGCCUGUUUAAACAUCACAUUUUCAUUUCGACUAAUAAGAAACAUGCGGACAUUUUUCUCCCAAACAGUCAAGGUUUCGGUGACGCAUUUCCUAUUGAUUUAGCCUGAUUUCUGGCCAAGUCAAUUUGGGCGUAUUUACAACAUAAAAAGUGGCAUAAAAUCCUUCAUCCUUAACUGAGUCUGAGGCUCGUUUUAUUCGUGUAGCAAAUCUUUAUCCAGUGAUAUCCUCUAUUUAAAAGAGUCCAUUAGAGAGUAAGUUCAAUAAAGUAAAUUUUUGUACACAAUAUUUAAGUAUAAAUGAGGAGUAAAAAAGUUUUUUUUUUUAGUAGGAAAAACAGGGUUUGCUUGAUGAAAAGGUAAUUUCAGCUCACGAUUGAAUUGUCAGGAAAAAAGUUGGCCAGGGACCGAACUUAGUUGCCGACCACUGCAGUAAGGUUUCAGAAUUGCCAUACUCACUAUGCAUAACACGUUAACUGUUGGUUGAAUCUAUUUGUGGAUGUUUGUAAAACAGUGAGAAUGUGCAAAAAUGUAUAAUAAAGAAAGCAUCAUCCAACUAUUUUAAUACUGUGCAUAUAACUAAAUGUCACUUUUUACGAUGUGCACAUUUGAAGUCGUGAAUCAAUAACAUCAGUGUAUUGCAAUGCACAGAUCUUUACAAGCAGGUCUGUUUCAUUUCAGCAUUUCUAAGAGAUUGCAUGUCAAUCAUUGCUAGUAUUUAUAGACGGACGAAAUUAUAUCUCUUAAAAAGUUAAGCCAAUAACCCCGUCACUGUCCAGCUACUGCAGGUCAUAAAUUUGCACCAUAAAAAAUAACAAAUACAGUGACUCAAAUAACUUAGAUUCUUCUAUGUCAGCUACUUUUUCAAAUUGGGCUUUUGUCACACAAGCAUUCAUUCAUCAAAUGCACUUGGUUUUAAUUCACUUUAGUUACUACUGUAGGUAAAGUGGGUGUGAUGACCUGAUUAACACGAUGACAAAUAUCAAACUAAUAUAUAGUAGUAUAUAGUAUAAUAAUGCACUGUUUACCAACCUAUAUUGAAACACAGCACACCACCAAACAUAAAUGGCAGAAAAAGUACAGUAUAUACAGUAUACCUAAAUAAUGAUGGAUACACAAGUUAAUUGUACCUACUGCUAACUGGUGGAAGAGCAUUUAAGUGUUCUGCCUGUCACUACUGGCAUAUAUCGAUAAACCAAAAUAAAUAAAUACAUUUUUGGUUGCUGAAUCUUUACUUAGGAAGUGACAAAGCCCGACUCUUGUCAAAAUCAAUGCAAAAAGAGAUAUAAUUCUUCAAGCAACACGUCUAAUACCAUUCAGUCGGAUACAGUGUCAGUUUACAAUUGACGGGACUACGGUGAUGUCCAGCAUAGCUUUCUCCUGAGGUCAGGCGUGCCAGGUGACGGUCCGGAGCCACUGGUGCCCAAUGGGAAACAUAAACAAGUGAGUGUGUUAUUUUGGGUCCAUGCAAUGCUGCCAUUGGGCAACCAGUAUGAUUCUAAAUAAAAGCUAUGACACAGCUGUUGGAUGAUUACUGACCCUAUGUUUGUGCACAAAGGCGCGCGCACACACACACACACACACAAUCUGUCACUUAAGUGGUGCAGAGACCCCCUUUCUGUGUUCUCUCUCACACAUGCACACAACCUAUUUGUGCAAGACAUGACUUCAGGCUGUCAUCUCCUGAGGAAGCUGGCGAGUUUUAUCAUCGUUGCGUGCGUGCGUGUGCAUCUGUGUGUAACAGCCUGUGUGCUCAACUGCAUUGCUGCUGGCUCAUCCUAAUCUUUCCAAUCCCCAGUGGAGUGUGAGGCUGUUCUGUCCUGCAGUUUUCACUUGCCCUACUACUGCCUCUGGGCUUUCUUCAUACUGUAUUCAUCACCAUGCUAUCACUUAUUGUCACUGUAGAUUAGUCAUUGCUUUUUAAUGUCAAGUGCGAUGUAAAAUUGGCAGAAUAUUUGAAGCAAUCACUUAUAUCUACUCCAAGCGAAAUCACAGCCAUACAAGUACCAUUUCAUAAAUUAUGCUUGCAUGCUUUGAGAUAUUCUAUAGUCAAUUUGUAUAUAAAGAGCAAAACACUGUUCUUAAUAGCAUUACGUUUCUUACAUGUUAGACAGGUGUUACAAAGUAUGCAGACAGAAAUUUAAGAGGGGCAUGACAUGCAAGAAACAUGUCUGCAUGGCGCAGCCAAGUGUGUUUAUGUUAUGCAAUAUGCAUGCUCGUAUCGAGUGGCUUUUGAUAAUGUUGCCAGAGAAUGCGGCUUGAUAUUCCGUAUGGUUGCUAAUGUUGGUCUAAAAUUAGAUUAGACCAGAGAGAAAAGAAAGUGUGUAAUGUAGUGAACAAUUCUAUGAUGUCAGGGCUUGGCUCAGAUGACUGCUGGUUUGAUCAUCAGGCCCCCUCUCACCACAGCUCUGUCAAUCUGUUAUUCCUGAUGCUGUCUCAUUGGUGUGUAUCAACUUUCCUUCCAAAAUAAUCCAAGCCAUCAUCAUUCAUCACUGUGCGAGUAAGAUGACAUCAUAAAGCAUUGAAGAACUGACUUUUUGAUCACACCACCGCACUGUUGGUUACUGUGCUUGUACAGUAUAUGCACAAUUUAUUACACCUGGCAAGCAGCAAAGCAUGAGGGUCCAGAGACCAUGUUGAAGCCUGCCCUCAGUCUCUUCAGCCAUGCACAGCAGCCUUUUCAACACAUGGACCCUUUGCACCAGCUGGGACCUCCACCGAUGGUGCCUACACAGUCUCUCGGCCCUGCUCCAGUCGGCCAUACUGCAACAAUUGGACCGCCAAAUGUACUUGCUGCCCAGACUUUGGUUCCCCCUCCUAUCACUGCUACUCACACAUUGAGGCCUCCUCCCAUCGCCCCUGUACACAGUUUAGGCCCAUCAAUGGUUCCAGCUCAGCUGCUCGGGCCUCCUUCUUUGUCACACACCUUAGGGCCUCCAUCUCUAGACCCCUCACAAGCAAUGGUGCCUCCCUCCUUUGACCUCACACAACCUCUGGGGCCUCCUCCUUUGAACCAUGCACAUGCGUUGGUUCCCCCUGUGCCUGCUGGAGCCAACAGAUUCCCCCUGUCCUCCCCUCUAAUCCCUAGUCCAGAACUCUCACAACUUCCCCUAAGACCUGGACCUCCCCUCAUCUCAUCCCCAGUGUCUAGUCUUAUACCAGGUCCUCUUCCAGGUCAGGCAGCUCCAGCCAGCGAGCAGCCCCAGGAAGAGGGCUCUCCUCUGGGCAGGGAGCAGGACACUCUUGCUCUGGAAGAACUUUGCAAACCAUUGUACUGUAAACUCUGCAAUGUUACUGUCAACUCAGCUCAGCAGGCACAGGCUCACUACCAGGGGAAGAACCACAGUAAAAAGUUGCGUAAUUUUCGAGCUGGCAGUCAGCAGCCACCAGCCAUCAGGAUCCCUGAAGUCCUCGAGGUAGCUGGACAGACAAACCUCAUCUCAGGAUCCAACGACAGUGAUACUGGAAGCCAGGCGUUGUAUAAAGGGCCCACCCGGGUCAUUUUGGCCACAGAGAAUGACUAUUGCAAGCUGUGUGACGCCUCCUUCAGCUCACUGUUAGUUGCACAGGCUCACUACCAGGGCAAGAACCAUGCAAAGAAACUACGGCUCGCUGAGGCUCAGCAGAUCACCAAUAACAUGGACUGCUAUAGUGAAGUAAGCCCAAGAAGGAACAAGAAAGAUGGCAGUGAGUACAGACUGGUGAAGAAUCGCCGUAGCCCACAGCUUCCUACCUCCGUGCAAGGCCCAUACUACAACCCCAGACCACGGCAGCGGAUCCCCAGGGAUUUAGCUAUGUGUGUGACCCCCAGCGGACAGUUCUACUGCUCCAUGUGCAACUGCGGAGCUGAACAAGAAACGGACUUCCGACAGCAUCUGGAAAGCAAGCAACACAAAGCUAAAGUGUCAGAGUUGAGGUACCGCAACGAGAUGGAGAACUUGGGCUACAGCUAAGAGCACAGGGAACAGAAGAAGUGGGACAAAGAAGGAUUGAGGGAACAGCAUUUGACCGAAGUGGUCGAAAAUAUUUGUUGGGGGCAUUUGAGGGAUUAGUGUCAACAUUUCUUUAAAACCCUCAUAAGACAUAAAAAGUUGCAACUUGGUUAGAUCCACCAGACAAAUUAGAAUAAAAGUGAGCUUUUAUGGUAUGUAGGGAAAUUAUAUAUCUGGUCCACUUGUUAUUUUUUUUUUUUCCUUUUGAUCCAACUCAAGAUCCAGGUAAAUCUACAGAGGUCUUGUAGCUUCACUUCAACCAUAUGUAGCAUGAUUGCUUGGAUCACAAAGAAAAGUUGUGACACAAGAGACCAAACCAAUCGUGGUCAUCUUCUGUAUGAAUCGGAUCAAAUCCAAAGCACAACCGAGAUCAUGUGGCAGUAAAAUAAAACGGGAGAAAUAAUGACCCUGAGAUGUCCUUUGUAUCAGGCUUAAGGCUUCACCUUGGCUGGCCUUGUUUGUGCCUUCAGUAAUAGGGAAACUUGAGUUAUUAAAAAUAAGCUUUGUCCGACUAUUCUGGCAAUGUAGUUAAGAUUACCGACGAUUUUUCUAUAUUCUCGUGCAAUUGCUUUGUAUAAAUUCAUUUUAAAGUAAAUUAAUUAAUUGUAUAAAUAUAUAAGUGUACAUGUGUUUAAUAUUAGGUUAAUAUUAUUGUCAAAUAAUACUGUAAAUAUUUAGAAUCUAUUUAUAAUUGUCAGGAACCCAGUGUGCGACAUCUACUCAUCAGUACUAAACCAUUUACAGUCAAGACCAAAAUUAUUCAUACUCUAGCAAAAUUUUGUGUUAAAGGUCCCAUGCCACACCCAUUUAUUUAUUAAAUAAUAUAAUCUUUGUCUUUGUAUCGGGUUUGCGAGAUCAUUUGUGCUGGAAAAGCACAGGAUGCCCUUUUAGAAGUUAUUCUAGUUGGUCCAAAAUGCCUGGCAGAUGAGACGGCUGGAUUUCUCUAAAAUACUAUUUGCAGGGGAUAAGGACUGGACCUGACAGUGAAUAAUUGCAAUUAAUUAAACAAAAUAUAUAUUAUUAUAACAAUUAUUGAAUAAGUGGACAUAAACCUGAAUAAGCAUUUUUGUGAUUGGCAACCCCCCCCCCCCCCAAUAAUCAAAAGAAAAGGAAAAACAAAACAAAUGUAAACAUUGGAAAAAAAUUGUGGGCUGGGGGGAAUCUUCAGAUCCAUGAUAUACAGGGGUCCACUGUGUUCAAUAUGUAAAUAAAAUUUGCUCCGAAUUGGAUCGCCGUUCAUGCUAGCUUUGUCCAAAUGUGCUGGUGAUGUGAUGUAGUUAAAUUUUACUGUUGGAAUAUGAGUACUUGCGACUGGUGGAGAGAUGCCCACCUUUCCACCAGCUGUAACCUAUGCAAUGUUUACGAAGUCAUCCUCCCACGAAAUGUGCCCGAACACAGCGCAGUUCUGGUUCCGAAAUGCUGAGGAAUUUCUCCCGAAAUAAACUGAAGCCAUUUAAUCGUCAGCUCUUCUGAGGUUGGCUGGUCAUGCGAAGAUAUGUGCCUCUUUCUCGUACAGUUUCUAGUGAAAAUGCUGUACCAAUUUACCCAGUAAAACUUCAUUUUAUUUCAAAAUUUAGCCACGGUAUGAAUAAUUUUGCUGUGUAUUUUAUCAUAGGCCCUCGGGGGACCAAUUCGGAUGGUCAUUUAUUUUUCAAACUUUAUUUUUGAAUUUUAAAGCUUUUGUAAAGCUCUUGAUGGGUAUUGCCAUGUGCAUGCACACACACACGAUGCAACCCCAUCACAUUACCGAUCACAGCACACGCACUCCAUUAGUUACACACUGAAUCAGUGGGCAGCUUUCCGUGUGCCGAGUUUUUGUGUCUUGCUCAAGGCCUUACAGAGGAUUCAUCUGAACCAAACGUCCACAAACUGCCUCAUCCAUCAUCAGUGAAGCAGCGUCAUUGUGUCAAGCCCCACAUAAGUCAGUCACAUCAUUAGAUAUAACCGGUACGUAAAUACUGGCCAGCGGAACAAUAGGCACAUCUCUCAGCCUACUUAGUGGGGUUGUUCUAAUCAUUCAGAGCCUGACUACACACUCAAUGUAGGGGGGUCUUUCGAAAUUACAGCAUGUACAUGAGCAAAUGAGAGCGAGAAGAAACUGCUGGGCUGUGUUUUUUUUUUUUGUUUUUUUUUUUCCCCCCCUCUGGGAGCUGAUGAAACCUUGCGUCCUCGUAGAAAUAAUAGGAUUUGUCUUACAUGCAAUCUCUGGUAGCUAGCAUAAUGUCUGAAAGGAACAGUGUUUGGAGCCUAUAGGCCAGAGGUGCAGUAUCUCAGAUGCUUCACAGUAUGUACUGUACUGUUUUACAAAUACAUACACUGUAUAACUGUACCAAAUGUCACAGCCAGCUGUGCUUCUAGAUCGUUUCUUUUUCGGGGACAUGAUACCGCAAGCACACUGUAAGAGGCCACAAAAUGACUCUCAAAAGGAAUUUAUAACAAAUGAGGAUUUUUUUUUUAUGUUAUGCAGACUGAUACUUCCUUUGCAUGAGCCUGAAAAGUGAAGACUGAGUGUACAUUGCCACUGUUUUUUUUUUAUUUUAUUUUCUUACAGCAAACAUUUAUGAAACUGGGUUUAGGCAGGUGCAGCAUGUGGCACUGAAAAACCCAUUCAAUCCCAGCCCAGAUUUAAAAAUUCCAUUAAUUUCUCAGGAACUUUUACAUGAACCUUGGAAGUGGUCUUAGCUCUUGGGGGUGUCCUCCAAGUUUUCUAAUUUCGGAAUAGAAUGGACUAAUUGAUACAGUACUGUACUACUAAAACUAUUGCAGGAUCCAAUGAGAAGAAACUGUAUAUUGUCUUACAGUGAUUAAUGUGAACGGUUUUUAACAUAAUACAUUUUUUAAAAUUGAACUUAUCUUACUGAAGUUGAAACCCAAUCAUGAAUCCCUUGUGGUAGGCUGAAGGAAGUUACUGUGAGUAUUCUUGUACAACCCCACAAGAUAGAAAGGCUCCUAUAUUACUUGCUAUUGUACAACCCCAAUUCCAAUGAAGUUGGGAUGUUGUGUUAAACAUAAAUAAAAACAGAAUACAAUGAUUUGCAAAUCGUGUUCGACCUAUAUUUAAUCGAAUACACUACAAAGACAAGAUAUUUAAUGUUCAAACUGAUAAACUUGAUUGUUUUUAGCAAAUAAUCAUUAACUUAGAAUUUUAUGGCUGCAACACGUUCCAAAAAAGCUGGGACAGGGUACAAGACAAUGCCAAACCACAUUCUGCACGCGUUACAACAGCGUGGCUUCGUAGUAAAAGAGUGCGGGUACUAGACUGGCCUGCCUGCAGUCUAGACUUGUCUCCCAUUGAAAAUGUGUGGCGCAUUAUGAAGCGUAAAAUACGACAACGGAGACCCCGGACUGUUGAACAGCUGAAGCUGUACAUCAAGCAAGAAUGGGAAAGAAUUCCACCUACAAAGCUUCAACAAUUUGUGUCCUCAGUUCCCAAACGUUUAUUGAAUAUUGUUAAAAGAAAAGGUGAUGUAACACAGUGGUAAACAUGACCCUGUGCCAGCUUUUUUGGAACGUGUUGCAGCCAUAAAAUUCUAAGUUAAUGAUUAUUUGCUUAAAACAACAAAGUUUAUCAAUUUGAACAUUAAAUAUCUCGUCUUUGUAGUGUAUUCAAUUAAAUAUAGGUUGAACAUGAUUUGCAAAUCAUUGUAUUCUGUUUUUUUUGUUUAACACAACGUCCCAACUUCAUUGGAAUUGGGGUUGUAGCAGGCACUUUAAAAUCCCUUUGUGCACACAGAAUUAAGCUUGACGACAUUGCUAUCCAAUCUGCACUGGAGGUAUUUUCUGCCUCUCCAAAAUGUGUUCCAUAUUGCACCGAUAUACAGUACAUUUAUGGGUUUAUUUUGUGCAUGUGCAUACUUGAUAACUUGAAAUAGUUUUGAGUAUAGACAAUAGUUCUGUACGGUUAUGUAACUGACGUGUUUUUCUAUGCUGUGCUGACACAGGGGCAUUAGAAUUGUCAUGAUGCUGUUGUUCAUAAAGGAAAUAUGCCACUGAAUGAUAUUAACUUUCUUUCAUCACUGAAUGGUUAUGGAUGACUGAAGGCUGAAAUUUGAUGGUGUAUAUUCUUACCGAAGAAUAAACAUGAACAUGUUAAUAACCAA